GUUCAAUCUUAAUACAAUAAUAAUUUGUUGAUGAAAAUGAACAAAGUUACUACCUGGUUAAAUACUGCAAAUAAUAAUUAUUCUGUAUACUUUCGACUCUUUUUACUAGUGAAAAAUGAUUAAGACAUCCAGAGGAAUUUUGUCUGCCGACAAAAUCGUCCACAUUCAUCUAUUUCUGCCUGACUUUCAAGAGCAAGUUCUACGGUUGUAAUGAGGAUCUGCACAAAGAGAUGUGGUGUGUAUGUGUUCGCGUCCUUGAUGCUGCUUUACUCGCUCGUGCAUAUGUGCAUGUUCAUGAUGGUUUUCUUUCACCAUAACUCGGAACCAGACUGGAUAGUUUUGUUCAAACUUGUUUGUGAUUUCAUACUGCUACCAUCUUCGAUACUACUUCUAAUAGCAAUUGUCAAGGUGAAUGAAGGACAACCUGACGAUAAUGUUGAUUAGUGAAACCAUGUACUUUUCCACAUCCAUAGGGUUUUUGCUCUACGCAGUCAUUUUCGUGAUAUUGUUCAUAAAGCGGCAAGAAUUUGGUACCCCCUUCAUUUCAUUUAUGGCGCAACGAGUUUUCUUCUUUGCCGCCGAGUAUUUGGGAUCUAUCAACUUACACAAGUACCGAAGUACGGUUCAGCCAAACGGCGACGAAGAUGAUUGGUGUUGCCCCAAACCAGAUUUUUCCAAAUCAGGAGGGAAGUAUAACAUAUCAAAAGAUUUCUCGGCGAAACCUAGUAGAGAACAAAUCAUCCCUCUCCAGCUGUCAUCUAGGAAUCUGGCAGACUCUUGCAGUAUUGAAAGGAGACUUGCCGGGAGCCACAUAGCAGAAAUGAACGAACCCGGCCAACGUCCUCCAUACCCUCCACCGGUGUCAAACCCAGACUUUAAACCUGCAAAAAUGCCGGAAUCAAAAAAAAAGAAUGACUACUUAGUCAUGAAAAACGCCCCUUCGGCCUUGAAAUUUUUGAAGCCCUGUCCACGGACGACUGCUGGAUUCGCUGCUCCGACCCAGUUUACAGGCCAGGAAUGUUUCAAAACCCUCGAGGGCGGACGAUCGCCGGGAACGGGUGGUUUUGGAAGUUCGGUAAAAUAUACAGGCUAUCCUCCGGUAAGAGGUUGCCAAAGCUGCGGAACUCCCGGAGGUCAGACCUGGCAGUCGAAAGGUACGCUCAGGUUCACUAGCGGGCGUCCCAUUAGCGCUGCUGAUCUUGAAGGGAUCAGGAACAUCCGAGGCCUCGGAAUCGGUUUCCCAGGAUCUCUGGGACUGUGUAAGGACAUGCCGGGACCAGGGACCUACGGAGGAACAUACACGGCACGGCAAACACCGGCCAAAGGAGCGACCAGCGUUCCUAAGUGCUUCUAAAAAAUCUCACUUUACGAAGACCAUUGUUUGGCAGAGAAGUAUCACGACAGCUUUGUUAUUUUCAACAAUACAUUUUUAUUCUUAUAUUA